AUGACACCGGAUGGUGCCCUUGAUGAUCCAGAGAUCAAAGGCCGCCUGAUUUCACUCAUCAAAAAGGCCCUGACUCUCAUGCGUUUGAAGAUCAAAGACAAGCUUCUGCUAUCUGUUGUGGAAAAGAUGCCAAUUUCCGAGCUAUAUACACUCAUAGCUCCGAGGGGUUUUGACAUUAGUUUAGACCAUUGGAAAUGUGCUUGUUUCCUGCGUAAAACAUUGCUGGAUUUUAGGGCCUUACUCCAAAGCAAUGGCCUCCCAGAUGGACCGCCCUCUAGCUCUGGCAUUACCGAGGUAGGACCUUCUGCUGGUGUUGGUGAGCUGCAGGAAGAUGCUGUGGGUGAGGGCACAGCGUCAGAAGGACAUACUGCUUCUGACCAGUUUUCCAAUUCCGGUUUGACCGCCGCCAUCGCUGCAGUAGCCAUUCCCGCCAUUCCCGAACACGGUUGGUCAUACAAUGUGUUCUGGCAUUACAUUGACGUUCAUUUGGAGAGGGCGAGGACUGUGUGUCGAGUUCAAGCUGGACCUUCGGCAGCUGCACAGGCUAUGUGGUGGAUGACCCUAAGCAGCAAUGUGUAUGCCGAAGAUUUGAUGACCUUCCCGGACAACUCUGGUACUUCAGUUACUACAGUCGCACACAGCUGGCAGCUCACAAUCGAGCAAAAGUUAACACCAUAA